AUGGAGAAAACCUCUCACAUACUGCCAUCCUCGUCCCCAUGUCCCGCCACGUUCAGAGGGCCUCAGCCGCUGUCCUCCUCAGACCAACACACCUCUUCAGAUGGCUGCGUCACACUCCCGCUGUCGCCCAUCUCAUUUCCGCCGUCCCCGUCCUCACUCUCUCCCGCAACGGCAGAUUCAAUUCACUCCUCCUCCCCGCUUCCUAACUGCACCACGUCUCACUGCAUCAAAGGACAGAACGCACAAUGCCUGAGUCCAGAGAAUCUGUCUGACCAGGACGAUCUGACCUGCCUCAGCUGGCUGCAUCAGAGAGGAAACCUGCUGCCACUGCAGCCCCUCACGAAAAUGACACCACUGCCUCAGCAUGAGCCUUCCCUCCAGCCUCUUCCUCCAGCCUCAACCAAGCCUCCCUACUCCUUUAGUAGCCUUAUAUUUAUGGCAAUAGAAGAUUCUCCAAACAAAAGGCUUCCAGUGAAAGAAAUCUACGAGUGGAUUGUGAACAAUUUUCCCUACUACAGGACGGCGACUGGAGGCUGGAGGAACUCUGUCAGACAUAAUCUGUCCCUCAGCAAGAGCUUCUGUCGGAUUCAGAGGGACAAGAGCCAGUCUGUGGGGAAGGGAUCACUGUGGUGUGUGUGUCCAGAGUAUCGGUCAAUGCUGCUCGAGGUGCUGAGGAAGACCCACAGUUAUCACAGCACCAACAGCAACCUGAUUAACAAGCCUGAACUCCUGGAAGGAGAUGACUAUGAGGUGCCUGCAGCAUGUGACACUAUCGAAAUUUCAGAUCCUCUGUCUCACACCCUGCUCCUCUCCACCUCCUCACCUCAAAUCCUGACAUCGGACAACCCGACUUUUGCUGAAAACCUGCCGUGCCCUUUGACCCCCGAUCACGAGGAGCUUGUCACCAUGGAGUCACCGGAUUACCAGCAGGAGGAGGUCAGCGAGGAGAUGGAGAAGGACCCGCUGUCAGACAGCGGCUACAUCGAGCUACACUACUACCAGUCUCCACAGUACCAGUACCUGGUGCUGCCGGGAGACACCGAGCUAGACCUGGAGACUGUGGAGAUCCUUCAGCUCGACGCUGAGGCCCAAGAGGCCGCAGGGUCGCUGCUCGACCUCGCAGGGGGUGGAUAUUAAAAUCGCAUUGAUUAAACAAUCACAAGCUUUAAACCACUCAACGCAAUCACUCUCAACAGAUGAGCUGAAAGCAGGAGCUGUGUUUGUGCUUCCUGUGGAACGGACACUGCCCUAAGGUCUGUGUGUUGCUCUGUAGCUGCAAAAAUGUUUCUACUUAACUGAUGAACUAAUAGAAAUUUCACUCAGACUGAAGCACUUCAGAUGCG